AUGGCGCUUCGUCUCUCCUCCUCCUCCUCUUUCCCCUCCUCUCCUCCGUCGCCGGGCUCAGGUACGUCCUUCCUCUUCGGCGCCGGCACGUCGGCUUACCAGGUUGAAGGCGCCUACCUAGAAGACAACAAAGGCAUGAGCAAUUGGGAUGUCUUCACCCAUAUUCAAGGUGCUUCCAUAGGUCUCAGUUAUGCAUACGACGAUGAUCUAAGCCAUCUAAGCAACUCAAUAAUAAGGGUAUAA